AGUCCAUUGCACGUGAACACGGUAAUAGAGAACACCCGUAGUUGUACUGUGGCAACGACGGAAUCUUGCACCAUAGCAGGAACGUCAUCCAGAACCAUCGAUCUAUUUAGGAGCCAUGCCACACGAGAGUGACUCGACACCUCAACACGCCUACAACCAAGCCAAAAUUGACUUCGGUUUCGUGUACGGCUAUUCCGGCAACGUCCAGCGUCGUUACUUCUACUUCAUGCUUCUCGUGGUCUUUGUCACUUCCCUUCACACUACAGUCACUUCUAAGUUGCUGCAAGAGGUGGAACACUGGUGCGCUAAACCCGACGAGAUAAACAUGACAAUGAUGCAAUGGCUCAACGUUGGAAUACCCAUCAGAGAGGACGGUAGCCGCGAUCCUUGCAAGAUGCGACUGGAGGACGGGUCAGAGGUCACCUGCACUUCGUGGGUAUAUAGGAAGGAGGGUUCCAUGCGUGGUCUACGAGAUGAGUUCGACCUGGUCUGCCAUAGGAGGUGGAUGACCUCAGUCAUCGACGCGGUCUACUUUAUUGGCUGCAUCACAUCGGACCCAAUCAUGGGAAAUGCGGCGGACUCGUAUGGCCGUCACAUUGUUAUGUUUACGGGGACACUUAUGGCUGUGGUAGCUGGCUUCGCGCUCCUCUUCGUUCGAGAACUUUCGAACUUCCUUCUAUGCCGUUUCGUCAUCGCCAUUGGUAUUGAGGGCGUCUACACCAUUGGGAGCGUGCUGUUGAUUGAAGUGGCGGACGCUUCUGACCGCACGCUUGUCAUGGUCGCUUCGAUGCUCUCCUGGGGAAUAGGCUAUCUCUACCUGUGGUUCGUCGGAGCGCUUGUCGACAACUGGAUCUUGAUACAUGGAACUGUUAUGAUCCCUACGCUAUUUCUCUGCGUUGGACUGCAGACAGUUAUCGAGUCUCCACGUUGGUUAUUAGCCCUCGACUCUUUCGACUACCUGGAAUUGGUUGUCUUUGUGGCGGCCAGAAAGAACGCAACGAACCUCGAAGUGGCGAGAGAGCGAUGGAAUCUGGUUCUUCAAUAUUUGAAGGAACCGGUGUACGGCGCGGAAAGAAUGAAACACCGUUUAUCACGUCAACCACGACUCCUGGUAGUUGAUGGAUACCUGACUAUGCUGCUUCGACAGAAGAACCAAAAGAUGCUGAAAGCUAUGGCCAUCUUAUGGCUUUCCUGCUUGGUGAAUGUAUACCUAUUUUUUGUGCUGUGGCUGAGCCUGCAGGAGGCGACCCAGGAGUGGAAGGUUCUCAAUAACGACAUGUGCGCAUUCUUCGCCGACUUUGGCUCUUUUUUCGUUACCUGUCUGACAAUCAACCGCUUUGGCCGACCGCGCUCCUCUGCUGCGCUUACUUUUCUUGCCGGAAGCCUAGCUCUGCCAAUAAUGCUUCUCGAAGGGGCGUCCAGCAUACUGUACGUCGUGGUGGUCCUGAUGUGCACGAUGUUUCUCGGAUCAGCCAAUUGUAUUCUACGUAUUCACACCUUGGAGCUAAACCCUACGGUUGUGCGAGGACAAGGCUACAAUUAUUCUGCCUGCUUCGGGAGACUAGGAGCCAUAUUGGCCGCCAUAACCAGAAGUACCACUAUCGGCGUGCCAGCAGCAAUACUUUCUCGCUUGUUCAUCUCUGGCCUAUGUCUACUAAAUGCAGCUCUCCUGCUUUGGUUGCCGGAUACCCAUGGCAGAAAUCUGCCAGAUAAUUUUGAUGACGUCGAAGAUAUUCUCGGGUCGUUCCUGGCAGCGAAGGGCGGCCAUACCCAAAUGGAAAUGUUUACGGAUACCAUUACGGUGUUGCCCAAAACGCCAGAGUCUGCCAGAAGGAGUCGCGGCAUUUCGAGCGAACCCCGGGCGUUGAAGGAAAGCUCCCACAGGAGACAUUCCAGAGCCGAUAAGAUGAACAAAUAACGCAUAAUAAAUAUCCACAUACGUUG